CUAAUAUUUGUGUGAUUUGUUUAUAUAUCAUAUGAUAUAUACUAAUAGUUAACUAAUAAUUAUUUGAUUUUUUAAAUUUUAUUAUUGAAAGUGAUUUUUAAGUGCCAUUUAAGCGACCAAUUGAUUGAUUAGUUGGACAAUAAAAUUUUAGUGACCAUUAUAUCGACAGACAGUUAGUAUUGAUCAUAAAAGUUGAGUCCAAAUGAAUCGCACCGAAGGUCUUGUUCAGCGACGGAUAGUCAGCAACAAUACAAACAAUGAUAAGACUGCGAACCAUAACAACGGUACCGACUAUGAGGCCAACGGCGACCCGAAGUCCAGUUAUGACAACGACUAUAAAGACGAAGACAUUGACUCGAAAGAUACGAGACUUACACUUAUGGAAGAAGUGCUUCUCUUAGGACUCAAAGACAAAGAAGGAUACACCUCCUUCUGGAACGACUGUAUAUCGACGGGACUGAGAGGCUGUAUAUUAAUAGAAUUAGCUCUUCGCGGAAGAAUACAACUCGAAAAGGUUGGACUCAGAAGACGAUCGAUUUUGUUGAGGAAAGUGCUCCUUAAGAACGGGUCGCCAACUGGUGAUGUGCUUCUCGACGAAGCGCUCAAACAUAUCAAAGAGACCGAACCGCCUGAAACACUGCAAUCAUGGAUUGACUACUUGAGUGGUGAAACGUGGAACCCAUUAAAACUUCGCUAUCAAUUGAAGAAUGUUAGAGAAAGAUUGGCGAAGAAUUUGGUGGAGAAGGGAGUGCUAACCACCGAAAAACAAAACUUUUUAUUGUUUGAUAUGACAACACAUCCAUUGGUCGACGCAACGGCUAAAAGCAAAUUAAUUAAGAAAGUCCAGGACUCAGUAUUGUCCAAAUGGGUCAAUGAUCCGCACCGUAUGGACAAACGGUUGCUGUCAAUUAUAUUACUGGCUCAUAGUUCCGAUGUCUUAGAAAACGCUUUCGCACCCCUGAGUGAUGAUGACUACGAAGUGGCAAUGAAAAGGGUUAGAGAGCUCUUAGAUUUAGAUAUGGAAACGGAAAGCACUAAAGGAAACGCCUGUGAGAUAAUGUGGGCAGUGUUUGCAUCGUUUGUCAAAUAAUAACUAAUUAUUAGCUAAUAUUUAUUAUUAUUAUUAUUAUUAAUUU